AUGCGCCUCCCACGGGUUCCUAACUCCAUAGCUGGUCCAUCCAGACCGCGCAUUCCCCUAUCUCUCCCAAUCAACGCCAUUCAUUCUUCAGCGCGGUACGUCUCCGCCCGAGCAGCGAGGAUCACCCAUUCGCCCUAUGUUGGCGAAGCGCUCCCUGUGCCAUUUCCUCAGGAUCCGAGGGCCGAGAGCAGGACUCCAGCGCGGACCGAAGUCUAUCUACAAGAUUUUGAGGCGCUGGGUAUCAAACCAGGCAUCGCGAGAGCUCUGAGGGAAUCCUUUUCCCAAGUGGUGCAUCCUACUUUCUGUCAAGCGCAGCUUAUCCCUGCCGUAUUAGAGGGGAAAGACGUCCUUUUGCGGGAUAUAACUGGUUCUGGAAAAUCUUUCGGGUUACUACUAGCUCUCCUAUCCCGGCUAAGGAAAGGCCCCGCACCGGGGAAACACCCCGGCCGCACACCAGAGAUCCCACUCGAGACUGCACUCCUCCUCGUCCCCCACUCCAACCUCGCCCUCCAACUCCAAUACUGGGCUCGCCAACUCAUCCCCGUCUCUCUCUUCCCCGACCUCGCUCCUGUCCUCUCCGUCGUCCUCCGCGGCACCGGAACGCCUAUGACGGAGCUCGCUGAGCGUCUUAGGCGCACCCCACCACACAUCCUGGUCGGGACGGCGACUGCGCUUGUCGAGCUAGCAGAAACGGACUGGGCAGCACUCGGCAUCCCGCGCUUGAGGACAAUAGCGGUGGACGAAGCGGACGACCUACUCGGUGUGCCAGGCGUGUUCGCCUCGCGCAAGGAACAGCGUAAUUUCGCCAAGCACCCUCCUCCCGCCCUCUCCCUGCUCAGGGCGAUCCUCUCCGAACGCCCGAAACGACCCACAUCCUCCGUCAGCAGGAAAUCGCACGACCCCCUCCAAGCGAUAUUUAUGAGCGCGACGCUUAACCGGCCUGUGAGAGAGUUCAUCAAGCUUGAGCUGGACUGUCUUUCCCGUGAGAAGGGGGGAAUCGUCAAGGUGGAUGUGGUGAAUACGCGUAGGGAGUUUGCGACGCGCAUGAGGGGGAAGGUGGAGCAUUAUUGUUUGGUUGUGGGAGAGGAGAGUGUGAGGGACGUAAGGAGUGCGAGUACAGAUACCAGACUGAACGGAGCUCGCCAGGAAGACAUGGACGAAGAAGACCUAGAGGAGGGGGAUAUGGACCAGCCUUACCCCUCUGCGAACGGGACUCCGAACCCCGAUGCAGCGCACGCAGGCUCGACCUCCCCGUCCCCAAGUGCCGAUUCCCCACAGCAAAAGACCGCGCAGAAGGAAGAACCAGAAACCCCCCGACAAGCCCGUGCUCACCCCGACCGAGGGCACAUAAUCCACGAGCUCGAACUCUUCUCCACCCCGCUAGACGCCUCCGAGCGUCCUCUCCUCCCCCUCUCCCUCCCUUCGACGCAAGACGAGAUCAUCCCUAACUACCCUUCCCAGAUGUUCGAGACCAUCGCUGCUGCGCUCGCGCUGGACGUGCGGAGGCUGGCGGUGUUGUUCGUCCCGCCCCAGGUGAGCGUGAGAAGGGUUGUGGACCUGUUUGGGGGGUUGGGCGUUAGGGCUCGUGGGCUGGAUCUGGGGAGUGGGGAAGGGGGAAGAGGGGCAUUGGCCGGGUCUACGCAGCUCGUUUCUAGCCCAUCAACCGUCCCGCAACGCCCAUCCCAAGAGCAGCAAGGCCCAGAAGCGCAAGCGCAAGAAACGCAGGAAACACAAAGCCCAGAACUGCUCAUCACUUCCUUCCCCCAUUCACGCGGCUUAGACCUGCCCGCGCUCUCGCAUGUCUUCCUCCUAGGCGCAGCACCGAGCUUGACCAGCUACUUACAUAUGGCGGGCAGGCUAGGGCGGAGAUCGGCGUUGCUCGCGGGGGUGGACGCUGCUGCUGCCGGGGCGGUGGGUAUGGGCCCCGCUGGGGAAGGACCUGCAGCUGCAGGGUGGAACGAAGAGGAGGAAGUAGGACCAGGGAAGAUUAUCACUGUCGUUAAGGAAGUGAUGCGCCCGGCUUGGGCUGACGAUUUGCGCUACGGUGGGGGCCCGGACCAGCUCUGGGGCGAGGAGAGGAAGGUCGCGAGGUUGUAUAGGAUGAUGGGGGUCGUCCCUGGGCGAUGGGCUGGGGAGGGAGAGGAAGAUGAGGGCGAGGGCGAGGCAGAGGAGCUGGAGGAAGAGGAGUAGAUAGUACUUGGAGUAGG